ACAGAGGAGAAGCUGGGCCAGGCUGAGAAGACGGAGCUGGACCCUCACCUGGAGAACCUGAUCAGCCGGGCCGACAGCACCAAGAACUGGACCGAGAAGAUCCUGAGACAGACCGAGGCGCUGCUGCAGCCCAACCCGAUGGACCACACAGGUGCUCGGAUAGAGGAGUUCAUCUAUGAUAAGCUGGAUAAGAAGCUCCCCUCCAGAGCCACCAACCCUGAGCUGCUGGGCCAGUACAUGCUGGAGGCCGCCAGCGAGUUUGGCCCCGGGACCCCGUACGGCAGCACCCUAAUCACAGUGGGGGAGUACCAGAAGAGACUCGGCGGGGCUGAGCGUGAGCUCCUCCAAACCUCAGCUGCCACCUUCCUCACUCCUCUACGGAACUUCCUGGAAGGAGACUGGAGGACUAUAUCAAAAGAGAGGCGACUAAUGGAGAAUCGGCGACUGGAUCUCGACAUCUGCAAAGCACGCCUGAAAAAAGCCAAGCAGGCAGAAGCCAAAGCAGCGGCUGCACCUGAUUUUCAGGAGACCAGGCCUCGCAAUUAUGUUCUUUCUGCCAGUGCAUCAGCGCUGCUGAGUGAGGAAGUGGACAAAGCGGAGCACGAUCUGCGUGUGGCGCAGACGGAGUUCGACCGGCAGGCUGAGGUCACCCGGCUGCUGCUGGAGGGAAUCAGCAGCACACAUCUCAACCACCUGCGCUGUUUACAGGAUUUUGCCGAGGCUCAGGCCACCUACUACGCCCAGUGUCACCACUACAUGCAGGACCUGCAGAGGGAGCUCCACAAAUGUGCUAAUGCUGCCAGCGUCCCCCAGCCUCCUGCUGCCGUCUGCCCUGACCCUGUCUCUUCGGCAUUCCUGUCUGGACCAUCAUCUCCAGGGGCCACAGUUUCCUCUUCGUCUAGCCAGAGGCCCAGCACGCUGGCCAUGGAGCAGACACAGCUCCCAGUCACAGGCACCAGGAAGGCCAAGGUCCUGUAUGACUACGACGCCCAUGAUUCCAGCGAGCUUUCACUUCUUGCUGAUGAGCUCAUCACCGUGUACACUGUACCAGGAAUGGACCCUGAUUGGUUGAUUGGAGAACGAGGGAACCAAAAGGGCAAAGUCCCUGUCACCUACCUUGAACUGCUGAGCUAAUGGACCAGACAACAGGAAACAUGCAUACACACACACACACACACACACACACACACGCACACGCACACACACGCACACGCACACGCACACACACACACUUACUUGUCAUUUUGUACAUUAGUGGUAUGUUGAUCUGUGGAUAUUUAAAACACGUAUGCAAUAUGUCUGUGAAAAGGUUUCCAUCUAGCAGAUGACUGUUUUCAUCAAAGGCUUGUAACUGUGAGCAACAGCUUUGUUUGCUGAGGCCAGGCAUGUCAUUACACAGUUCCUCUUAUAGAGUGGGGCAGUGACGCGUCCUAAAACCCGGAAUUAAGCUGCGCAUGGGUUCCCUCGACAAAAAAGCAAUGUAAUGUUGAAUAAUUUUCGAAUCAUAAAUCUAUCUAUCAUAAAUCUAUCGAUUAGAUUUAUGAUUUGAAAAUUAUAAAAGUAGGGUAGACAUGUGGAUAUUAUCCGGCUGAACAAAACGUGCAUUUAUCUAACAGGUUCGUUUUCCACAGAUCUUAUUUCGAGCUAUUUUAGAAAAUCCUAUGGAGAAAUCCCAUUGCUUUUUUGUCGAGGGAACCCAUGCGCAGCUCACUCCCGGGUUUUAGGACGCGUCACUGCACCACUCUAUUGCAGUAAUAAGUGUGCAAUGAAGCCACAAUCAAACCACCACACUCGAUAAUUUUGUUGACAGUGAAGUUUGGUUGAUUUUGUGUGGAAACGGAAACAUUAUGUUUUUACAACAAAGAAUUUGUGAGGGAUUCAAACAAAGACAUUACGUAAUCCAUCAAAAGAUCAUUCCAAUUUUUGAUUUGGGUCUGAGGUUGAUUUUGGUGUGUGGUAAAUUUGUCAUUUACGCAACAUCCUUCCAAAAUGUGGGGUAAGAAAGUUUCACAUAAUUUAACAGAGUGAUAUAAUGAUGAUGUUCAUGAGAACAAGUCCAAUUCUUCAAAGUAAAAAAAAUGACUUAAUGAGAUAAUGGAGGAUUGCAUGAAUAUGUGUAACUAGGAUGAUCGAGUCAUGUGACUGGUUCCCUCAGUGCAGUACGUGUGAGUCAUAGCUCUGUGUAAUGUUGUUAGGCUUUAAAAAUAAAUCACAACAUGCCAUGUUGAUGUAGUGGAUCAGAGAUCACUGGUUCCCAGAAGAUGAUGCAGAAUGUUUUUGUGAACCCUUGACCUUUCCUCUACAGAUCAUCAUCAGUCCAAAAAUAUCCAUCUUUAAUUUGAUGUGAAUAAUGCCCUUGUAUUUUGACACUCUCUUAGGCCCCAGCCACACGAGGACGAUAACGGUCAUAUCCGCUACAGUUCUCUAUCAUAUAGACCAGGCAUGGGCAAACUAAGGCCCGCGGGCCAUAUACGGUCCGUUGGGCUUUUUAAUCCGGCCCGCCGAAUAUUGGUACAAAAUUGUCCAAAUUAUAGUAAAAACCGCAUUCAUUUAGCCUUUUUCCUGCAAUACCAGGCAUUUCAGUUGAUACCACUAGAUGGCGCACUCUAGACACAAAUUACCUUUGCUGGAGUCGGCAACCCACCAAAUACGUCACGCUUAAAUUGGAGGGGGUCAAGAUUAACCUGAGCAAUAACAGUUCACGGUUAGUAGUACAGCGAAUACAAAUUGUAACAAGCAGUAGCGCUGAGAAAAGGGAUUAGAACGCGACCACACACUUAUAAAAAACACUUAUAUAAAGUCAGGCAACACUAACCAGGCUGAGUGUGAUUCUGUUUAUUUUGUGUAGAAAACGGUUGAUGCCACAAUAUGAUAGC